AUGAAUGAUUCUACGUUUCAAGAGUUUUGUCGUUUCUUCACUUCAUUUGGGAGCAUUAUUGAUGUCAGUUUGAUUGCCCCCUCUUCUAAUUUAAUCAUCUUGCAGCCAGUUUCAUUUUUGAAUAGGCUAGAUAAGCUGUUCUAUUAUUCUUCUGAUGACCCCAUUGUUACUAGUCAUGGAUUUGUUAGUAAGGCUACAGCAGAAGCCAUUUUUAAUGAAAAGGACGAAAAUGCAUUCAUUUUCAUGUCAUUCCUUGAGUCCUUACGUAUGGCUACCAAGAUUUUACCAGGCCAAGUUAGCAUUAAUCAACAGGGCUAUUACAUUCCUAAUAUUUGUAAUCGCCUGCCCCUCCUGCAGUGCAGUCCUACUUCACUUCAUCUGGUCCACGACAUGAAUAUUUCAUUGUCUCACUUUAAAGUCUCUUUCACUGCCAAUUUUUUGGAGUCAUAUCCCAAAGCUCAACUAGAUGUAUCCCAGACCCCUCACAUUAAUGUGACAAGGUUUUGUUCUCAGUCAGACGGUCUACUUUUUGAGCUCGUUUAUCUCGGGGAUAUCAUUGAGUUUCGUUUUUCUGAUCUUGAUAAAGAGCUGUUGUAUGACGUCUGUGAGCAUAUCAUCAUCAAAUGUCAUGAGAUAAUGAAUGAAAGUGAUGUAUUAUAUAACUUUGCAAUAAUGUGUGAAAAGCCUGAAUGUUCCUGUAAGCUUCAAAUGGAGCGCCAUGCUCUUCCUUUUGAAAAAGAUAAAUGCAAAGAAUGUGAAUGUUUUGUUGCCAUGUCCAGUAAAGAUAAGGAUAGGAUUGAAGUAUUUAACUGUAUAUUAAAAGAGUAUAAAAUUGAUAAGAAUAAAAUACUUAAUGGAGAUUCUUUCUCAUCUGAAGACGCUUCUAUUGUGUCAGAAAGAUUGACUGAGCUAUCAGCUGAAGGAGCCAAAGCUGUCUAUAGUGACUUUAUGGGAACAGCCUCAGAUAAAGACUGGAAAGACUGGAAGGUCUUCAUGCAAAUGAUACUUACCUGGGAAGCAGUGAAUAAAGAUGCAAAGAGACAAUUUUUAUCAAAGCUUCGGUCAAUAGAUUUAGCUAACAAGUCAGAUGCUGAUAAAAUACAACAAAUUGCUGACAGUCAAAUCAAAGGUUAUUACAGAGACAAGUCAGGAAAAAAUAAUUAAUGAAUGCUCAAGAGCUAUACUAGAUCUAUAUUUCUAUGCUUAAGCUUUUUGAAAUGCUUUUA